AGCGCCGCCGGUGCUGCUGCUGCUGAGCCCCGCCAUGGGCAGCUGCGUGGGGCGGCAGCGCCGGGAGCGGCCUGCCGCCAGGAACCCCCGCAAGAGAGCAGGCCGCAACGAGCCCCUGAAGAAGGAGCGUCCCAAGUGGAAGAGUGACUAUCCCAUGACAGAUGGGCAGCUGCGCAGCAAGCGGGAUGAAUUUUGGGACACAGCACCUGCCUUCGAGGGCCGCAAGGAGAUCUGGGAUGCCCUGAAGGCAGCUGCCUACGCCGUGGAGUCAAAUGACCACAGCCUAGCUCAAGCCAUCCUUGAUGGAGCCAGCAUCACCUUGCCCCACGGGUCCCUGACGGAGUGCUACGAUGAGCUGGGCAACCGGUACCAGCUGCCUGUCUACUGCCUGGCACCUCCUGUCAACUUGAUCCUGGAGCGGAGUGAAGAGGAGGCAGUGGAGCCAGCCGAGCCCCUACCCAACACCCGCCGGGAAUUUGCCCUCAAGGUGCGACUUUCCACCGGCAAGGACCUUCGACUCAGUGCCAGCAUGGCUGACACCAUCGGGCAGCUGAAGAAGCAGUUGCAGGCACAGGAAGGCAUUGACCUGGCUUGGCAGCGCUGGUUCUUCUCGGGCAAGCUGCUCACUGACCGUAUGCGGCUGCAGGAGACCAAGAUCCAGAAGGAUUUUGUUGUGCAAGUGAUUGUCAACCAGCCCCUGCCACCCAGGAACUGAGCCAGCCCCACACUGGUCGUGGUGAGCAGGCAGGGAGCUGGGAAACAGCGGCAUCUCUGGGGAUGCCCCAUGCCAUGUCCCAACCCUGCUGGAGGGUCCCAAUGCUGUCCCUGACCUGUUGUUCCCCAAGCAGGUCUGCAUGGGGCUGUGCCACCACUGUGGCCCCUCUUGGCUGGGGACACAGGCACGUAACACAUUUGCUGCAGGAGGUUUGAGACCAAAUGUCUCUUGGGCUGUGUGGCCAGGGCCUCACUGCUGGGCUGUGCCAUCAGAGAGAGGCCGUGACCCACUGGGCUUUGGCUUCCCCUGGCCAGGAGGACCCAGGGUGCUGGGCUGAGUGGAGAUGUCUUCCCCCUGUACAUAGUCUGUAUUUAUCAAUAAAGCCUUUUCAUCCUUUCUCUGA